AUGAUUGAAGAAGCUGACUGCAAAUUUGUUCCUUCUGAAGAUUGGCCUUCAAGAGACUUGCACAAAGUAAUUUCAUCAGGAAUUCAGCCUCUACAAAACUUAAUUGUAUUGAUCUAUGUUGGUGAAGAAAAGAAAAAGGAAUGGGCACAGCAUUGGAUUACUAGAGGUUUCCGAGCUGUGGAAAAACUUUUGUCUACAUCUGCUGGAAAAUAUUGCGUUGGAGAUGAAAUUACAUUAGCUGACUGCUGCUUGAUACCACAAGUCUUUAAUGCUCGCAGAUUUCAUGUUGAUUUGCGUCCUUUUCCAAUAAUAUUGCGGAUUGAUCGUGAAUUAGAGACACAUCCAGCUUUUCGAGCAGCGCAUCCUUCUAGCCAACCAGAUUGCCCUCCAGAAGCAACAAAAUAA